UAUCACAUGUAAUCUUCCAUACAAUAUUGAAAACAUCAUUAUGAGGAAAACUUUUUGUGCUAUGCUUGUUCUAGUUGUUGUAUUGUUCUUUGGAGCUGCAGAGUUUUGUUCUGGUCGGAAUACAAGCUUUAGCUGUAUAGAAAAGGAGAGAAAAGCCCUCUUGAAGUUCAAACUUUGUUUCCAUGAUCCAUCGCAUAUGUUGUCUUCUUGGAAAGGCAAUGAUUGUUGUGAAUGGAGAGGAGUAGGCUGUGAUAAAAAUAACAAAUAUGUUGUCUCGCUUCAACUCAGGGGAUCAAUAUUUUCUAAUCAAGGACCUCAAUUGUACUUGAUUGACGAUGUAAAGGAGGUUGGUUCAAGUUUGCUGAAGUUGAGAUACUUAGAACACCUGGACUUGAGCAACAAUAAUUUCAGUGGUAAUCUUAUUUCACCCUCCCUUAGCUUGAUGAAGCAGUUGAGGUACCUAAAUCUCUCCUAUGCACAGUUUAGAGGAAGAAUUCCUAGUGAACUUGGAAAUCUUACAAGGCUUCGUGUCCUUGAUCUUUCUCAAUAUUAUUAUGGGGGAUUGAAGGUUGAUGAUGACAUUCAGUGGAUUUCUCGUCUCUCCUCUUUGCAACGACUUGAUAUGAGUGGAGUAAAUUUAAGUCAUGCCUCAUCAAACUUGUUCCAAGUACUUGGUAUGCUUUCUUCAUUAUCAUGGUUGAGUCUGUCAGAUUGUAGUCUAAAAAAUUCUCACCUACCAUCUCACAACCACCUCCUUAAUUUUACGUUACUUGGAAAUAUUCAACACUUCGAUAUGUCACAAAACUCUUUUUAUCGUCCAAUACCUAUUUUUCUCCAAAACAUGACUUCAUUGACAUUUCUUGAUAUGAGCGGAGUAAACUUAAGUCUUACAUCAUCAAACUUGUUUCAAGUACUUGGCAUGCUUCCUUUACUAUCAUGGUUAGAUUUGUCAAGUUGUAGUCUCAAAAAUCAUCACUUGCCAUCUUGCAACCAUCCCAUUAAUUUUACAUUGCUUGGCAAUAUUCAAACCUUAGAUCUUUCAGUUAACUUUUUCCAAGGUCCAAUACCUAUAUUUCUCCAAAACAUGACUUCCUUGAUAGCUCUUUAUCUUUUUAGCAAUCAAUUGAGUGGGAGUAUUUCAAAUAGCCUCGGGCAACUUUCUAAGUUAAAAAGCAUAGGUCUCUCUAACAAUCAAUUGAAUGGGAGUAUUCCAGAUAGCAUCGGGCAACUUUCUAAGGGGGGAGAUCCACAACCACUCUUUAAAGAUAACAAUUUGACAGGAAGGAUUCCUUCUUGUUUUGGAAAGUUUCCGAUCAUGGUGAAUGCAACACGAUUGAUGUAUGACUUAAGUGAUGACUUUGGGGAUCAUGCACUUUUGAUGUGGGUUAUGCAUGGGAGACUCUUUGAGUAUUCUUGGGAUCAAACACCUUUGAUGGAGGUUGUGAAAGGGAGAUACCUUGAGUAUAAAAGACAACCUUUGAGACUCGAGAUCAGUAUAGAUCUUUCAAGUAACAAUCUAAUAGGAUCCAUACCAGAGGAGCUAGUAUUCCUGAAGGAUUUGCACAAUUUGAAUCUGUCUUGGAAUCAUUUCUCAGGAAAGAUCCCUGAGAAAAUUGGACAAAUGGAGAAUUUGGAAUCUCUUGAUUUCUCCAAGAAUGGCCUUUCAGGAAGGAUCCCGAAUAGCAUGUCAAGUUUAACCAAGUUAAGCCACCUCAACUUGUCUUACAACAACUUGUCAGGGCCAAUUCCAACAGGCUAUCAACUCCAAACACUUGAAGAUCCAACCAUAUAUGCUGGCAAUCCUCAACUCUGUGGAGCUCCACUCUUGAACAAAUGCUCAAAUGAUACACUACCUCCGACAACUACCAACUUCAAGGACAAUGAUGAAGGUGCACUUAAAAGAAUGUGGUUUUACAUUGUCAUGUUGUUAGGCUUUGCAAGUGGAUUUUGGGCAGUCGUGGGAACUUUGAUUUUUGUAAAAAAUUGGAGAUAUGCUUAUUUUCAAUGGGUGGAUGAUGUGCAACACUGGAUACUUGUGGUUAUAACAUUGAAGGUGGCACAAUUCAAGAAGAUGUUCAAUGGCAACCAAGAAUAUUAGUGAGCUAUAUAUGGAGUAUGUUUUUGCUAAAUUUAUUAUUAAGUUAGUUGGACAACCCUCUGUUGCAAGGUAUAGUGUUAGGUCCAACUCUGAAUGGCCCAACAUUGAAUUGGCCAAUUUUAAAUGAACACAUAAGUAUUAA